AUGUGCCCUGAUCAUAACCGUCAAUAUAUCACAGAAAAAUUAAAGAUCGACCAAAAAAAAAGUUUUCCGAUACCGGGAGUCGAACCCGGGUUUGCUCGGUGA